AUGACUUCACCAGUUACGUUAAGUCUUACGGACCUAUUUCCCAAUAACGUGACCACUGGUGUUUAUGAUACUAGAUAUCUGAACACUGGAAAGUUAGAUAUGAAUGACUCCGUGCCAACAUUAAGGCGGUUUUCAAAGGAUGUCUCGCCCGUGCCCUCUUGUAUCACAGCAAGCAUCGGAACACUCGGAAACAUCAUCGCCAUUGUGAUUCUCUUUAGGUCCGCAAGCACACACAAAUGGAAAACAUUUUACUGUCUCGUGCUUGCCCUGGCUAUAACGGACCUUGUUGGGAUUUUGGCCACCACUCCAGUGGUUAUGUUGGUGUACUCUAAUAAUAUACAGUUCCUCGGUGGACAACCUGAGUGUGACUAUCUGGCCUUCAUGAUGAUGUUCGCAGGGUUCGCAACCAUUUGUAUUGUAACUUGUAUGUCGUUUGAUCGGUUUCUGGCCGUUUGGUUCCCCUAUUCUUACAAUACGACUGUCACACGGCGUCGUGUCGGUUUUACUCUUUUAUGCAUCUGGUCGCUGGCUGUCAUCCUGGGAAGUCUACCCAUAUUUGGAUUAGGACAUAAUAUCACGCAAUACCCGGGCACCUGGUGUUUCUUCAAUUUCCAUAGCACACUUAUAAUGGAUAGUGUUUUCGCUAUACUGUAUGCCUCGCUUGGUGUGGGGAUCAUUACUUUCGCUGUGAUCAUGAACCUUCUGGUUUCUGUUAAACUUAAACAGCAGAAAAGAAGGUACAGCUGUGUGAUUAAGAUAUCUGACGGACAGCACGAACAGAGUCACACACGAUGUCUCCGGAGUAACGUAUCCCAGAUGGUAUUUCUUGUCUCGGUGACCUUGGUCUUCGCAGUAUGCUGGCUUCCCUUGAUGAUUGUGGUGUUGAUAAAACAGACCCAAAGGAGUGCCGGGCCUGACUGGGUAGAUCUGUUGACGGUUCGUCUAGCAACCAUUAAUCAAAUCCUUAAUCCAUGGAUCUAUAUCAUUUUGAGGAGAGAGUUUCUUUCGGACAUUUGUAGAAUGAGGAUAAAGUUAUGUAAAUUAUCUUGUACUCGGGUACCUGACAACAAUAACGAGGUAGACUUACAGAUCUCUGUCACCAGUAGAAAGCAUAACACAUGUACUGUCAUAGAUAACAUGGAAGUGGUCUCUCUAAAUACAUGA